AUGUAUCCGUCCGACGACAGUCUGCCACCGGGCUCUUUCAUGACCGGCAAAUUUUCCUAUCCCUACGCUGUUCCACUGAACGGGAGGAUGCAGAACGGCAGGUACUCGUGGGAUUCGAUUCUACAAGCCGAUGACAGAAGACUGAUUGGCCAAAACGGCAAUUUCUGGGCUUCGUGGUACCAUGGUAUCAAUCAAGCUGCGGCCAGUCCUACCAUUCCUACGGCUUACAGACUUAAUCCGUAUUAUAUGGCGAGUCCAGCUGCUUUCUUCGCGCCUCACUUCGUCCCUUCUGGUUCUCCGAUUCCACCUGAAAGUUACAGCGCUGGCUACGGCGCUGUUCUCAGUACCGAAUUCAUCGUCGAAAAAUUAAUCCAAGUCAAUCUGAAGAAUCAGCUGUAG